AUGGCCUCCCGCACGCUCCUCGCCACGGCUUGCUGCCUUGUCGUCCUGUUGCUCCUGACGCUCGGCGGCGCUCUCGUCGAGGCGCAUUCAGCGCCAUGGGUGCCGCACCGCAAGGCUGCUCCUAGACGUAGCCUCUCGACGACGGCGAACGCGCCGGAGAGUGGUACUGCCGAUGGCAACGCUACGGAGAACAACGCGACGACGACGUUUGACGUCGGCAGCUUCGGAGCCGCCGGCGACGGGAAGACGGACGACACGGCCGCGUUCCAGAACGCUUGGGCGCAGGCUUGCUCCUCGGCGCAGCCCGCCGCCGUGCUCGUCCCCGCCGGGAAGCGCUACCUCCUCAAGGAAACCAAGCUGUCCGGGCCGUGCAAGUCCCCCAGGGUCACGUUCCGGCUCGAGGGAACCCUGGUGGCUCCGGCGGACAAGUCGGGGUGGCCCAACCCGGGCCACCCCCGCUGGGUCAGCUUCACCGGCGUCGACGGCCUCACCGUCACCGGCGAGGGCGCCAUGGACGGGCGGGGCGAGUCGUCGUGGAGGACCUCCUGCCGGACGAACCACUCGCUGCCAUGCACCUUCGCGCCGGCGGCGCUCACCCUCGCGUCGUGCAGCGACGUCGAGGUGGAGGGCAUCACGCUGCGGAACGCGCCGCAGAUCCACGUGCUGGUGGAGCGCUGCCGCGGCGUGACGCUGUCCGGGCUCACCAUCGCGUCGCCCGGCGACAGCCCCGAGAACGACGGCAUCCACGUCGGGCGCAGCGACGGCGUGCGCAUCCUCGGGGCAAGGAUCAAGACCGGCGACGACUGCCUGUCGGUGGCGACGGGCACGGCGAACCUGUACGCCGCCGGGAUCGAGUGCGGGCCCGGGCACGGGAUCAGCAUCGGGAGCCUGGGCAGGGGGGGCAGCAGGGCCGAGGUGUCCAACGUCACGGUGGACGGGGCGCGCGUGUCGGGCACGCUGUUCGGGGCGCGGAUCAAGACGUGGCGCGGGGGCAGCGGGUACGCCAGGGGGAUCCGGUUCCUGAACAUGGACAUGGACAGGGUGAGGAACCCCAUCGUCAUCGACCAGAGCUACUGCACCACGACGGACCCGUCCAGGCCGUCGGCGUGCGACCACCAGCUGAGUGAGAGCUCCGCCGUCGAGGUCAGCGACGUCGUGUUCGGCAACAUCACGGGCACUACCGUCACCAGGGACGCCAUCAGGCUGCACUGCAGCGAGGCCGUCCCGUGCCGCGACGUCGUGCUCAGGGACGUCCACCUCAGGACCAGGAAACGCGGCGAGAAGAACGCCGCCACGAGCUCCUGCGAGAACGUGCUGCUGGCCGAGUCGACCAACGUUUCUCCGGUUCCGUGCUCGUCUGCGGUGACCAAGGAUUAG